AACUAGUUAACAACACCAGUGCUGCAUGUGGCUGCAGUUGGACAGCUUUCCCUAAUGAUGGAUUGCCUACUUCUGGCUGUGUCUGAAAGGACUUUCCCUCCAGUUGAGGAAGGAGUCAUUUCUGCUUUCCUCGGCUUAUGACCACUAACCCCAGUCAACGUCAAAGACCGUGUGCUUUGUGCCAUCCAGUUCCAGGGGUGGGGGAGAAGCUUACUCAACCUGAACAUUUUCCUCCCCUCCCUUUAAAGAUCAAAUCCGUGAUCAGGAAAACCAGAGAGACCUCCAACGUGCAUCCCAUGUGCCGCGAUCUGUCACCAAGGCGCAAGCUGGGCCCAGUCCUCUUCCAUAAAACCAUCUCCCAAGACCGCCUGAUUGAAGAGCUCCAAGACCGGCUGGGCAUCAGCCGAGUCGAAGAAGAAGAAAAUCGACAGAGCCCUGAUGACUGGUUGACCGAGGGGGUCAUCAUCACCUCCAGGCCUCAGAAGAAGAACAGAGAUGGUAGUCAACAAAUAGAAAAGGUUAUUAUUCCUGCUACGUCACCCCUUCCUCUGCGAAGAACCGUCUCUAUCCCACCUUCGCCGCCGCCGCAGCUUCCUAAAGAUGUCUCCAAGGCUGCCUCAGUCAACGCCACUCUUGGCUCUUCUCUUCCAUCUUCUCCUCCUCCACCGCCUCCUCCCUUGCCCUCGCCCGCACCGCCACACAUCCCUCAGCUGCGCUACGUGCCGUCCGCCCACCCGACUCAGCCUCCCGUCCCGUGGGAAAUGCUGUUGGAAGAAGUUUCCCCCCAGCAGGCACCAGCCCCUUCCUCCAAAGCCUCGGUGUCGGUUAGCUGUCAGACAGAGGAGGCCCCCUUCUCUCCACCACAGCAGGUCCUUCCUAUUCCAUCUCUGGACCACCUCCUCGCUACUCUCCCACCUACUCCCGAGAAGUUUAUGUCGCAGGGAAAAGGAGCUGGCAGCUAUCCGCCCACCACCCCACCAAAGCCGGGCAGCCAGUUGGACAGCAUGCUUGGAAGCCUCCAGUCUGACCUCAACAAACUUGGAGUAGCAACGGUUGCCAAAGGCGUCUGUGGAGCAUGCAAGAAGCCAAUCGCCGGGCAGGUGGUCACAGCCAUGGGGAAAACGUGGCACCCCGAGCAUUUCGUUUGCACCCAUUGCCAGGAGGAAAUCGGCUCCCGGAAUUUCUUUGAGCGGGACAGCCAGCCCUAUUGCGAGAGAGAUUAUCACAACCUCUUUUCGCCCCGCUGUUACUACUGCAACGGUCCCAUCCUGGAUAAAGUGGUGACGGCCCUGGACCGAACAUGGCACCCUGAACACUUCUUCUGCGCACAAUGUGGAGCGUUCUUUGGACCCGAAGGCUUCCAUGAGAAGGACGGCAAAGCCUAUUGCCGCAAAGAUUACUUCGAUAUGUUUGCUCCCAAGUGUGGCGGGUGUGCCCGGGCCAUCUUGGAGAACUAUAUCUCAGCCUUGAACACCCUCUGGCAUCCCGAGUGUUUCGUCUGCCGGGAAUGCUUCACCCCGUUCGUCAACGGCAGCUUCUUCGAACACGACGGGCAGCCCUACUGCGAAGUGCAUUACCACGAACGCCGCGGCUCGCUCUGCUCCGGCUGCCAGAAGCCUAUCACGGGCCGCUGCAUCACCGCCAUGGCCAAGAAAUUCCACCCGGAACACUUCGUCUGUGCCUUCUGCCUCAAGCAGCUCAACAAGGGGACCUUCAAAGAGCAGAACGACAAGCCUUAUUGCCAGAACUGCUUCCUGAAGCUCUUCUGCUGAACGUCUCACACACACCCCCUCACCUCAACCCUCCGUGGUAUCUCUCCUGCCAGGAAACCCUCGCCAAGUUUCUUACGGCGUCCAGCAACUCGAGUGGGUUGAUGUAGGAGAUAAGGAGGAAGAGGAUUCGUGUGUGUGUGUGUGUGCGUGUGUGUGAAUGAGAUGUUCACAGCCGCUCUGGGAAGGUGGAAGAAGAGGCCCAAGGGACUACGGAGGUUGGAUUAUUAUGACCUUUAUUGUACACAACGUGUGAACAAUGAGAUUGGCUGAGCCUCCCUUCGUGCGCGCGCGCGUGCACACUCUCUCUCUCUCACACACACACACAGAGUGAUGACCUGGGGCGUGACACAAAAAUAACAAAGUCACAAAAAUAGAAUAAAUUCCCUUUAAUGCCUCC